UGGCGAAUGGCGAUUGUCGGACGCCGGGGAAUAUCUUUUAUUUCAAUUCCGUUUCCAAGUGAGACCAAUGUUUUUCCUUUAUAAUGUCAAAACAAGGCAAAAGAAAAAUUACUGUCGAAAUUCCGAAAACGAAAGACCUUGCCAACAGACCUAGUGUUUUCGAGCGUCUCGGAACCAAGAAAACUAGUGCAAAAAAAACAAGUGAACAUUGUAGACAGUGGGCACAACACGGAAGUUGCGCUUACGGUAAAAGUUGCAAAUUUGCUGCCACACACACAUUGAUUAGCCCUUCAAAGCAGCGUGCGGCUAAUAAAGACAGUGAACAAAAACGAUUACUGAAAGAUGACGCUAAAAGUAGGCUUCAUUCGACAGUAGUCGUGCGGUCAGGUCGCAGUCCUGAUGGUGAAAUCGACAACUGGGAUCAAAAUGACCUAGAAUGUGUGGACACAGACGAGCUGGAGAAACGAAGGCUCCAGCUACAGCGUGAACUUGAACUGCAGUUAAAGAUGGAAUCUGGAAAAGAUAUGCGGAAAGAAAAAAAGAAGCCCGUGUCGAGCUCCUCGUCUUCGAGGAGCUCCAGCUCUUCAAGCGUCUCUUCUUCGUCAUCCGAUGGCAGCUCCUCUUCAUCCUCCUCGGGGCGGGAGGCAAGACGAAAAACGAAGAAAGGCAAAUUGAAAAGAAAUUCUAGUUCUUCAUCGGAUGGUGAUGCACCCUCUAAAAAGAAAAUUGUAAAAAGUGAUACCAAAAGAGACAGAAGUGAAACAAAAAAAACAAGUGUUAAAAAAGACGAUAGACUUUUAAAAAAGACUGAUGUCACUAAGAAAAAGCCCCUGACAAAAACAGCUUUAGGUAAAAAAUCACUAUCGCCAGGAAAGAAAUCUGGGGGCACUCCACCAAUUUCAUCCAAGAGUCUAUCAAAGGCUGUUGGUAAACAUGGUAAGUCUCCAGCAAAACGAGACAAAAAGAGUGCUUCCCCACAUUCAAGUAAAGACCGCGAAAAGGACAAAAAAGAAAAAGAGAGAGACAAGGACAGAGAAAAGGAUCGCGAAAAAGAGAAGGAACGCAGAGGCGGACGCAGCCGGUCGCCCAGAAAAGGUAGGUCUAGAUCACCUCGCCACCCUAAAGACCCCAGACGAAAAGAAAGUUCCGAAAGAAGUAGACCAGUUUCACCUAAAAAACAAGUUAGACGGGAAGGUAGUACUGAUAGACAUAGAAAACGAUCUCCCAGUAGGGACCGUGAUAGAGGUCGUGAUCAUAAAGAUAGAUCAUUAGAAAGAAGGAAAGAAAAGCAUGACGAUAAAGAUAGACACGAUAGAAAGGAUAGAGGCCGUGAGAGAAAUAAAGAGGGUAGUAAACGUGACGACGGCAAGCGUAGAGGUCGCGAUAGAGGCCUGGGUAGUAGAGGACCAGAUAAAGGUCUUGAAAAACCAAACAAGCCUAUGGAAAGACUACUCCCUAGGCCUGAAGAGCGUUUGGCUGCGCUUGCCGCAAUUUCCAAUAGAGCUCUCGAAACAGAUAAAAAUUCAACUACUUCUAAAGAUCGUCAGGAUACUCAUUCUGAUAGAGGUGGCCGAAAACAAGAUAGGCUUGAACGGGAUAGAUCAAGUAAAAGAGACAGGAUUGGUAGUUUGGAUAGAGAAGGAGGUGAUUAUGAAAUGGGUAUGGACCGUAAUUAUGACCAUGGUAUGGAUCAAUAUGAAAGAAUGGAUGAUCGCUACGACGACGGUCCUAGGGACGACGACAGGUCACCGGGUUACGCUAGAGAUAGACAUUACGAUCCCGGAUAUGACAUGCCCGGCCCACCCAGAGGGUAUCCUGAAGAUGAAGAUAGGAUGUAUGCUGACCGCAUGGGCGACCAUCGCGGUGAUAUGGGGUACGACGACCGACGUCCGCAUCGCGACCAUUCUUGGGAAGGGCGCUCGGGCUCCAUGGACCGAGAGCGUUAUAUGCACCCGCACAAAGAGUGGGAUAGCGAAGACUAUCGUGGCGGAGACUGGGGCAGAGAUCGACAUUGGCCUAUGCAUGAACCACAGAUGAACGACUGGGGUGAUAAGGACGCGGAAAUGGAAGGGUGGCAUCACAGAGGGCACCCGUCGGGAUCGCAUCGCGGUCGAAUGCAUGAUGAGUACAAUCGUGGUAUGAGAAUGGACAUGAGAGAUAAGCGUCGACCGCAGCGGGCCGAGCCGGAGGCCGGGGCCAAGGAGGCGGCGGCGCCCGCCGCGGACGCGGACGACAAGCCCAUCCCGGACGACCUCAGCGAGAUCAGCGACGAUCCUGAUGAUAUUCUAAACAGAGAUGAUAUGAUGGAUCCAUCAAUGGAUGAAGACAGCCAAGCCGCUCAACCUAUGGAUGAUGGCGGCAAACCUGAGGGUUCAGAAAAAGAGUCUACUCAGGAUACCAGUGGUGCUGGAGACGAAAAGGAGUCCCAAGGCGCCAAGAAUGAUGAAGAUGUUACGGAUCUAGACUUUGAAGAAAUAUCAGAUGGGGAGCUGGAAGAAGAGAGAACAAGGGCCGGCUUAGGGGACGCCCUCGGUGUCGAUUGGGCUAGUUUGGUGGCAGAUGUCCACCGGCGUGAGCAAACCGCUCCCACCGGCGGAGCGCGUGACCGCUGGAAACCUGAACGAGUACUCGCCCGUCUCGGCCUUUCCGUGCACAUGGCGGGCAAAGACACCGUCCAAGAAAUAUUACACAAGAAUGCUGAAAGCCUACAGACAGAAAAAACUGCCAAGGACGAACCGAGCUCCGAGCAACCUGCCGAAAACGCUCCAGAUCAAAACGGGAAGCACGAAGAAGAUGAGAAGCCUGCACCCCCGCCAGAUGUGGAGUCUUUGCAUCCAGUGGCUGCAAUUCAGGUGGCUGUCGAGAAGCGUAAACGCCAGCGGGCCGUACUAUUCGGAUCGGGCUGCGAGAUCACGCGAGCCCUGAGCGCGCGCCGCGACCUGGCGCUGCGGCGCUACCUGUGCCAGCUGCCCGCCGCCGAGCGCACCGGGCCCGCGCGCGCCGCGCCGCAGCCGCAGCUGUUCCACGCCGCGCGCGCGCUGCUCAUGCGGACCCCGGUCACCGGCUGACGAAGGUGUUAAACUGAUGUUGCACUGCACCCGCUCUGACUAGUUGGAAAUAAGUGCAAUAAUCAAGUAAUUCAAAUUGUAGACUUAUAUUUGACUUUAAAAAACCUGAAGUGAAAUUAACUGUGAACUAUGUGUGAUCAUAUUAAUGGGAUGUGGAGUGUAGUGAAAAAUCUAAUAUUGUAAGUUGUAAGUGUAACUUAUGACUGACUAUUUUAGUAUACUUAAGUCAAUAUUAUAAAUGUUUUAUUCCAACUCACUGGCCAUAAUAUUAUGUGCUGUCGCACGUGCAUUUACAUUAUGUAUGCUGAUAAUGAAAUA